AUGCUUCCUCUUACCUCGCGCUGUCUUUCCACACUUUUGGCUUUAUAUGCCUUAACCCCAGCUGCACUUAGUAAUAAACCUACCUUGCCGACGUCGUGCCACAAUGUGUACAAUUACAACACGUUUAACGCGGGACCCAACAAGGAGAUGAAGAAACUACUGCUGGAGAUAAAAACACAACUGACUGACCUUCAGAAGACAGUGAACGGUAUACAAGGAACGAAACCUAUUGGAAAAGUUUACAAGAACUGUGCAGAGCUGUACAAAUCCGGUCAAAGAAUCAGCGGUGUUUAUACAAUCGAUCCUGAUGGCUCAGGUGCCUUUGAUGUGUUCUGUGACCAAAAGACAGCCGGUGGGGGGUGGACAGUGUUCCAGAAGAGACAAGACGGUUCUGUUGAUUUCUUCCUUGGCUGGACCGACUACAAGAUAGGGUUUGGUAAUCUGAAUGGAGAAUUUUGGCUGGGACUGGACAAGAUAAACCGCCUGACUAACAGUGCGAAGUUUAGGCUUCGUGUCGAUUUGGAAGACACUAAAGGAAAGACAGCGUACGCCUCGUACGAUUACUUUGCCGUCACCAGUGAGAAAACAAAGUACAAGCUCAGUCUUGGAAUUUACUCAGGAAUUGCUGGCGAUUCUUUAAAUCGGAGUCGUGGAUGCCCCUUUUCAACCAAAGAUCAGGACAAUGACAACUGGAGCAAAAACUGCGCAGAUGAUUUAAAAGGAGCCUGGUGGUAUAACGACUGUAGUUAUUCGAACCUGAAUGGUGUCUAUCAUCAUGGAUCAAACUCACUUCCUUCAGCUCUGAAGUGGUAUCACUGGAGGGGUCAUCGCUACUCCGUCAAGAGAGCUGAAAUGAAGAUUAGACCUGUAACUUUUUAACAUCUGAGGACA